CAUGACUCUGUCUCUCUGUGUCUCUGUCUCUCUCUCUCGUUCCCUCUAUCUUCAGCGCUGUCUGCUGUCUCCACAGAGAUUCGGGCCCAGUUGGCUGAACAGUUCAAGUGCCUGGAUUUCCAGGUGGAUAUACGCAAUCAGUACCUGCAGGAUGUGGGUGACUUUUUCCGUAGGAAGGCCGAGAUCGAGCUUGAGUACUCCCGGGGGCUGGAGAGACUGGCAGAGAGAUUCUCCUCCAAGAUCCGCCACUCAAAAGAGCAUCAGAACAUCAGGAAGGACCAGAAUCUCCUGUCUCCUGUGAACUGCUGGUACCUGAUCCUGAGCCAGACCCGGAAAGAGAGCAAGGAUCACGUCGCUCUGAGUGAGGUCUACACCAACAAUAUCACCCUACGCCUCGCCCACAUCUCAGAGGACGUCAGCCGGCUGUCCAAAAGGAGUAAAGAAAUUGGCAUUCAGAUGCAGGAAGAGCUCUUCAAAGUCACCAGCGAGCUCCAGACGGCAAUGAAGACCUAUCACCAGUACCACACAAACAGCAUCAUCGCGGAGACGAAGCUGAAAGAGGCGGAGAAGCAAUUGGGGAUCACAGUCGAGCUCGCUGUCGCUCAGCCCAGCCCGGACUCCAAACCUCAGCGUCGCAGCUCCAUCCGCAAGGCAGAGAAAAUCAAGGAGAAG